AUGACCAUAGACCGUACGGCACUCACGCCCUCUACAGCGCCAACAACUGGCCCCCUGAAGCCACUCACAGCCAAAGAGCUUCAUGCUCAUCCCGCCUACUCUACUAACGACUGGUCGUCUCGCAUUCCGCCGACCUCGAAGGGCCAUGCGUCCAUCAAUGUUAGAUCCGAGCGACCUGGUGGUCUCUUCAAGAUGUACUACGAGCUACACGGUCAAGGUCCCAUCAAACUAGUAUGGAUCAUGGGCCUUGGUGCUUAUCGCACAGCAUGGAAGCGACAGAGUAAGUACUUUGGCCACGAUAGAGGGGACAAGUACACGUGUCUGGUCUUCGAUAACCGCGGAGUCGGUCUGAGCGAGAAGCCAUGGAGCCGGUACACGACACGGGAAAUGGCGGCGGAUCUCGUCGAAUUACUUGAGCAUCUGGGCUGGCUCGAGAAGGAGUAUGUCGAAAAAGUGAUGAAUGGUCUAUACAUGAAUCGUGGCGCAGCAGAGAACAUCAUGGGGCGACGUCAGGAGAAACGGCAUCUUAAUGUUAUUGGCGUAAGUAUGGGCGGUAUGAUCGCGCAAGAGGUAGCGAUGCUGAUACCGGAACGAAUACAAAGUCUGUUCCUCGUCAGCACUGCAUCCAGGAUAGUGAGGACAGUGCCUUUUGUGGAGAACCUGCGGCAGCGCAUUAAUAUGUUCGUUCCCAAGGACAUUGACGUGCAAUUAGAGGAGAUAGCACAUCGCUUGUUUAGCAAAGAUUUCCUUCAGCAGCCGGACAAGGAGAACGACGACCCUAAGCUCAAUUUCCCGACUAAUCGAGACCGUUUCGCUGCCAGCGAACUGGAAAAACGGCAGGAUAAAGAUGGCUUCACGAAGAAGGGUUUCGUGCUGCAGGCAAUUGCAGCUGGCUGGCAUCACAAGAGUGCCAGUCAGCUCAAGGAGAUUGUUCAAAAGGUUGGAGCCGACAGGAUCUGCGUCAUGCAUGGAAGUCUGGAUAACAUGAUCACGUUUAGACACUUUGAAAUAUUCAAGGAGGAAAUGGCUUCUAACAAGCCCUGUACCAUUCGACACAUUCCCUUCUCGGUCCCAAAUUCGCUUGCUGCUCAUCCGCCACGAUGUGCUACCCAUGCCUACCGUCGUCCCUAUACUGUCGACAACCAGAAGCAGGCAUCUGUUGAGCAGACUGGCAACGAAGAAACUCCUGCGGACGAUGUCGAUGUGGUACUAGAAGAUGAGCUCUUGGCUAUCCAGGAUGCUGCUAUAGCUGAACUUGAGGCUAAGCUGGGCAAGACACUACAGGAAGCCAUCGAGCAGGACCAGUUUGCGCAACGACUUCUGGCAUUACAAGGGUCUGUGUACGAUGCCACCGCACAGGAAGAGCCGGAUGUCGAUCCUGCGGAAGUCCCUUUGGUUAUGCUCAGACUGCGCGGCGCAAGCGAUGCAGAGGUAGCACGAGAAGCCAGGACUAUCUAUGGAGAUUACCUAAGAAGUGAUACAUUGAGACCUGAUGAGCUCAGUCACUACAAGCGCUUGUAUGGCGACCCUCUGGUCCAUCCUGACGAGGAGGAAGCAUAUGAGGAAUACGAGGAAGAGGAGGAGGAGAUUGACCAAGUGCCAGAGAAUGUCCUUUUUGACCAGGCCGGGACAGAAGUGCCGUACCGCCUUGAGAGCGAAGAGGAAACACCUGCGGACAUCGCAAACCAGGCGAAAGUGGGCAAGCCGUCACAGCGCGAAGACUCAAGUUCUACCUCCAGAGUCCAGAGACCGGUUGACGUGGCAAGAGCUGGUGAAGUCGCUCGAAUACUCGAAGCUGACUUGGUCGACGAAGACGUGGAUGACCUGGACGAGGAGUUCGAGGAAUCCGAAGACAGCAGAUCGCACCCUCUGACCGCCCUUGGCCGUUUUGCCACCUAUCCAAAGACUACUUUCCUACCUAAAGAGACCUUUGUUCAGCCAGUGGAGAAAGUUCUGAAGGAUUACUCGAACAAACACCUGAAAGAAGCAUGCGAGCGAACAUUUGGUGGGCCAGGUCUGCCAGACUCACCUUUGACUCCGCGUUCUGCUCGGGCGCGCCAGCAACUGCCCCUUCCAAUAGAGGCGAGCGAUAAUGCUAUGGGUCAGAUGGAGGCCAAUGCUUUUAUAACCUCUAUCAUGCCACCCACAUAUGCCUCAAUAUCGGCAACUCUCGUGGAAACGAGAAAACGACUCGGGUCUUCGUGGUUGAAUAAGGUCCUUGCGAAACCAGGAGGUCCCCGGGUGCUAGAUGCUGGCUCUGGCGGCGUCGGUAUAGUCGCAUGGCGCGAGAUUGUGCAGGCACAUUGGCAGAGCCUACACACCUCGGAUAAAGGUCAAAUACCGAAGGCGCCGCAAACAAAAUCUGUUGUCUUAACAGGCUCUGACAAUCUACGACACCGUGCGGCUACGAUGCUUGAGAAUACUACUUUUGUUCCUCGUCUACCAGACGUUGUCCGCACACGUCAAGCACCAACUUUAGACGAUGAUCGACCUGCUCAGCAACGUAAGCAGUUUGAUGUUAUUAUAGCUUCCCACUCUAUCUUCCCUCUAAAAGAAGAAUGGGAGCGCAAACAGCAUAUCCAGAACCUCUGGUCUUUACUAAGUGACGAGGGAGGAGUUCUGAUACUGAUUGAGAAAGGUAUCCCCAGAGGGUUUGAAGCUAUUGCAGCAGCCAGAGAGAUGAUUUUGGAGAGUUACCUGAAAGUUCCCGAGGGUCACAAAACAUUCUAUUCGUCUAACCUUGAGCAGCCGUCUGGAAAUCAAGUCCACACAAAAGUAUCGGGCAUGAUCGUGGCACCGUGCACCAACCACGAUAGAUGUCCUAUGUAUCGGACAGCUGGUCUUUCUCAAGGCCGAAAAGAUAUAUGCAGUUUUCAGCAAAGAUAUAUUCGGCCACCUUUCUUGCAACGUGUGCUCGGAGCCAAAGACCGCAAUCACGACGAUGUGGACUUCUCCUACAUUUCGAUCAUGAAGGGCGAGGAUCUUCGUGAUCGAGCAUUCACGACUUGGGAGCACGUCAGCGACCCAAUGUCUGCCCCUGCUGCGCAGCCUUCUGACCUUCUUUCUGUGGCGGCAUUCCAACAGGCAAGCGUUGCUCAUAUCCAGAAAGGCUUCGAGCACCACGAUCCUACAUGGUCCGACUCGCCAGCUCCACCUCCCACCCAUAUCCUUCCCCGUAUACUUGGCCAGCCAUUAAAACGAUGUGGUCACAUCACUAUAGACCUUUGCACACCACAAGCAGAGAUCCGUCGCUGGACAAUUCCCAAAUCCUUCUCUCGACAAGCCUACCGUGACGCCAGGAAGGCUCGAUGGGGCGACCUUUGGGCACUCGGUGCCAAAACAAACAUAUCUCGGAACCUCAAGCUGGGCACGCCUGCGAAAGACAUGGCGAAGGGCGAAGGUCUAAGAAGUACCAUCGGCAAACCCAGAAGUAGCAAAGAGCGUCUAGAAAUGCAAGCCGCAAAGGCACUCGAGGCAGAGGAAGAAGCCAGCCGCCAAGAAGAGCUCGAAGAAGAAGAGUUCAUGAAAAUGCUCGAAGAAGACAAUCUUCUCGACGAAGCCGACGAAGACGACGACGACGUAAUCGACAUGGAUACUCUUUUACCAAAGAAAGCUAGUAAAUCCCAAACUCAGAAAAAGAAACCAGCAUUCGGCCACGCCAAAUUCGAGGGCGUCAAUAUCUUCCCUCCCAAAUCCGCCACUGGCAGAGCGACUCCUGCAUCUACAUCAGCUGGCCGGACAUCCUCCUCCUCCAAGCCACAGAACAAACAAUCCGCACCACCACCAUCAUCUCGAUCCUCUUCACAAUCACAACACGAACCGCCACCAGACUACAACCGACGCCGCUACGGCUCCGUCGAGACCGACAAUCUGUCAGAAUGGGCUUCUGAGAUCGAGUCGUCAGAGAUGGAUGACGAAGCGAGGAGGCAUCUGGCUAAGACAGGGCGGAGAGCUAGUUCGAAGAAUACGUUUAGGUUGAAGAGGGAUCUGAGGAGGGUGAGGAGGGAGCAAGGAGAUGUCUGA